UCAUCCAGUUCCCCUCGAAGAGUAGCAGUCCCUGUCCUAGUCAAAGACGGCAAACCAUGCUCGGGCAGCUCCGCCAACCAGACGGCCACCUCGACCGCCUCAUCUGACACCUCUCGAACGCAACAGUCGCCGGCGUGUCAGCCGAGCCAGCAGCAGACGCAAUGCAUGGCCAACAGCGGUCUGGCGAUGGCCUAUCGACAGCAGGGCAAUUACCAGCAACAGUGUGGUGGAUAUUUGCCGCUCCAGACGCGGGCCUGGUAGUACGAGCAGCAGAACUUGUGUUACGAACAGUACGGGCUGGUGUACUGCGGUGAUAUGUGAAAGGGAUAUACUUAAGACUCGAUGCGUGUAUGAAACGUGCAUGGUUUUUGAGAGGGAUGUCCCUAUAGCGGUUUUGGUGUUAUUGCGACUCGUCGGUGCGAUGUAGGCACAUAUAGGCGACGGGUUUAGAGAUUCCAAGGGUAUCCAGGGGAAGAUAACUUACUCUAACUUGAUUUCCUUAGAAUAUUCUAAGAAAAUAUCAGUUUUAAUAUGAAGAAAUUGUGCCAAUUUAGAUGAAUGAGUUUUUCAAAUAACUUCUUUGGUACAAAUUAUGAUUUAUGAAUAGCCGACCACGUCUGUAGAGAUUUUUUUCAUACAGGGCAUACAGGGGUGCCGAAUAGACGCGUGGCAUUUUUCUUUGUGCAAAUAUGUUUUCUCAAAAAAGUGUUUAGGGACACAUUGUGUAAACCAUUUAACAUCAGUAUUUCACAAUGAAUAAUAUUCAAAAUGAAUGAAAAUGAUCAUAUCAUAAUAUACUAGACAUUUGGCGUAUUUAUGAUUUUUUUCUCAAAGAAUAAGAUGCAUUUUGUCGGGCAACUGUCAGUCUGUACAUGACCAUAGUGUUGUUUUUCAGUUUCCACAUACCCCUUCCAAUAAAGAAAAUAGGAAGUAAAGUACAAAAAAACUCCUUUUUCUAUCUUUUCUACUUUUUGUACUAAAAAAAAAGUCUAUUAGUUGAACAAUAACGGAGAAAAUAUUUAGCUGAUAUCAAAGUUGUUUAUGCCGGUUUCAGAUUGAAGUUUUACGCUUUCACAGUCAGAAAGCAACUUUGGUUUUCCGAGCUAAGUAGCCGUGGUCCUAUGGAAAGAUUGGCGUUAGGCAUCUUCAGCGGUAGUUCACAGCAAUGCGUUGCAACCUUGUUUGCGGUGGACUCGUUAAUGAGUCUACCAAAGUCAUUAACGAGCAAUACAUUGCGAACUUGUUUGUGAGAGACUCGUUAAUGAGUCAGCCGAUGUCAUUAACGAGUCUACCAACGAUAAGACUGCAACGCAUUGCUGCCAAACACCGCUGAAGAUGCUGUUAUAGGUGGUUGGUAGCAAUGCGUUGCGACCUCGUUUGUGGUAAACUCGAUUAUAAGUCUACCAACGUAAUUAAUGAGUCUAUCGACAUCAUUAAUGAUCCUACCAACGUCAUUCAUAAAUCUAGCAAGGUCAUUGCUGAGUCUACCAAGGCCAUUAAUGAGUCUACCAACAUCAAUAAUGAGUCUACUAAGUCAUUAACGAGAAAUGCGUUGCUGCGACCUCGUUUCUGGUAGACUCGUUAAUUACUCUACUGAUGUCAUUAACGAGUCUACCAACGAGAAAGAUGCAACGCAUUGCUGCCAAACACCGCUGAAGAUGCAGUUAUAGGUGGUUGGUAGCAAUGCGUUGCAACCUCGUUUGUGGUAAACUCUAUUAUAAGUCUACCAACGUCAUUAAUGAGUCCAUCGACGUCAUUAAUCAGUCUACCUACGUCAUUGAUAAGUCUACCAAUAUCAAUAAUGAGUCUACUAACGUCAUUAACGAGAAAUGCGUUGCGACCUCGUUUCUGGUAGACUCUUUAAUGAGUCUACUGAUGUCAUUAAGGAGUCUACCAACGAGAAGGAUGCAACACAUUGCUGCCAAACACCGCUGAAGAUGCAAUUAUGGCGGGUUGGCAGCAAUGCGUUGCGACCUCGUUUGUGGUAGACCCGUUAAUGAGUCGACCAACGUCAUUAAUGAGUCUACCGAUGUUAUUAACGAGCACUGCUUGUGGUAGAUUCGUUAAUGAGUCAACCGAUGUCAUUAACGAGUCUACCAAUGAGAAUAAUGUAACACAUUGCUGUCAAAUUCCGCUGAAGAUGCAGUAAUGGAUCACGGCUACGUAGCCCAGAUUCCAAAGUUUAUAUUCGGACACUAGCAAUGGUUUACAUACUGCAAAAAUUUAUUUGGAAGGAUGUUAUUACCAGAAUAAUAAAUGUUCUUGAGCGGCAGCCCGUGUCUUCGAUGACGAUCGCAUAUCCUUUAUUGAAAAAGACACGUGAAAACUGCAAAACAAAACUAGGAUCAUAGAGAGAAUGAAAAGUUGAAGCAGAAGAAAGCUUGAUUGUCCAACGAAACCCAUCCUCAAUUUUCGAGAGAUAAUUUUCAAAAAUGAACUAGGUCGAUCGCUAUUUCUAUUAUAAGAAAUGUGGGGUGUCUUCUCAUUGGUGCGGCUGAAUACAGCAUAUAGUUUCAGAGUGGACUGUUUUCUUUGGGACACUUUGUAUUGUUGAAGGAAAAUGUUCGAUACUUUUUUCAAAAUAUUGAUAAGGAUAAAACUCAUCAAACAUUUUUCUAUGAGUUGAGGCAUGUCUGUAACCCCAUACAAGUGUACAAAAUUGUUAAACUUCAAAUUUUCAUGACAAAAUCGUUGAUACAUACGGCAUGUACCUGCAGUUCUUUUGAAAAAAAAUGAAUGAAGUAUCUGAAUGACACCGUAACGAUAUUUCAUCACCAUUAAUUUGCAAUUUCCCUGGAAUUUUUUUUCAGAAUUUUCGUUUUAUUCUUUCGUUUCUUGAGGUGGUAAAGAAAUGGAAAAGAAAUAUUUUGCAUUCACAUGUCCUUCAUGUAUUUUUUUGUAUAUAGAGAAAAUCAGGCAACAUCAUUCAGCCAAAAUUGUGUUUAAAAUGUUGAACCCUGAAAUUCUAAAACGAUUAUUGUAUAAUACUCAUAUAAUGUUAUUCGUGUUACACAACUUAUCAGAAAAAUUUAUGAAAAUUAUUUUUCUGUCGUAUGAACUCUUCAGUAAACCAGUGUUUUGUGCUACAUGUUAUUCGAGAAUUCGAAAACUGUAUUUUGUUAAUGAAUAAAGUGCAAUCUUAACGAACUUUUUGAAUUACGGUGAAUUUAUUGUUCUGGUCAUCCAAAUAAUGGAAACCUCUGUAGAUAAUAUUUUACAAAAAUCGAAUGUACAAAAAUGUAAUUUAUUAUAGAGUCAACAGUUGGGCUGAAAAAUUUGUAGGCUAACAUAGACAAAAAAAUGUUGUUGAUGAAAUUUAAUUUUAUCAUUGACUAUAACGGGUGAUU